AUGACAUCCGAAUUGGCCGAUGAAGAGGAACUCAUUCGAUCCACCUUCCCCAUUUUCAUCAAUGACGAGGAAGAGCAACAACAAUACAUGGAAAUUUCAUACCGAUAUUCGGAACGUGGCCACAUUGUUCACGCUCUUCAUUUGAAAUGGUAUUCCCACAUUUCUCUGUACGACUUUGUGGAACAAACAUGUUGCAAUGAAUAUAAAUUACCUCUCUAUUUAAAAGAGAGUAUCACUUUUCAAUUAUUGGAAUUAAUUCGGGAACGUCAAACGACAAGGAAUGAUCAAAUUGUAGAUGAAUUUUAUUAUGAAGAUGAUGAAGAUGAUUGGCAAGUCGUUGGGGACGAUCCGAUCGAUCAUCAACUCAAAUCGAACACGGACGAAUAUUCUUCUUUCAAUGAAUCCAAUAUUCUCAACAUUGAUCAAGAAAUUUCAAUAUUACCGAUUCAAGACAUUUCCAAAUUUUAUCGACUUUUUCAUUCGAGUUAUGUGAAUCAGAUUUAUUUGGUGAAAAUUGCAAAUGAUUUGAGAUGUGCCUAUCAAGAUAAAAUUAAGGGAAGAGAAACUGAAAUUAGUGAAAUUCAGAAAGUUCAUCGAGAUGGAAUGGAACAGAAAAUGACUAUGGAAAGAAAUGAUCAAUUACAAGUCAUGGUCUUGGAGCACAUGAAGCAAUUAGAAGAAUUGGAAGAAAAAUGGAAUGAAGAAUUACGAGAGUUGUACAAGGAAAUGGUCAUUACUUUUUGGACAUUUGUUUCUGAUCUAGAUAAGGAAGAUGCUUUCACGAAUCGAUCCAAAACAAAGGCCAAUCUCGUGAAAAGUAAGGACGAUUUACUAUUCCCAGCCUUUCGAUUGAUGGAACCUCGUGGAAAACAAUUUGAAUUAUUAUUGAGAAAUGAAUUACAGGGAGACAAGUAUUCUAUUCAGAAUGCAUCCAACAAAUUUGGAAAUUUAUCGUCGUUCAUUCGAAAAUUCUCGAUUCGAGCUAAGAAAAAGAAACAUUCACCAAAAACUAACUCCACCACACAAGAUCCAUGGACUGUUUUGGAGACGUUUGAUGCCAUUGAUAGUCCACAACCCAUCUCGAUGAUGGAAGCUCGACCACCUGGUAAUGCCACAACGUCCUCAGAACAAGAAGCCACACGAAAAAAGCUCAAUGAAAUCAAAAGAAUGAUGAAACGCAUAUUCAGAGAUGGAAGAACUCUCACUGACAUUCCUCGGCUCAUUCAAACUGAGAGAUUCCAUUGCAUUUCUAUUUACAAAAAGAUUGAGAGAAUAUAUUUGGAGAAUGACGACUUGUAUAGUCCCUAUGAUGAUUCGUAUGUGUUCAUUGAGGACGAUGCAGACUCUGAGUUGUUUAAAGGAGACGGCACAAGACGCUUAUGUGGAAGAGUUUUCAUUAUUUACACGGCUGACAUGAGUGACUGUAUUUGUAGGAAUUUUAAAAAGGAUGAGGAGGAACGUGACUGCGAAGAGGAUUAUAUUCUGUUCAAAGCGAGACAAACAUAUAAUUUGUAUCAGUCAAGGCUGAGUGCACUUGUUGUGAAUUGUUGCAUUCAAAAGAGUUCUACCGUAGAGAGUGUGGGUGAAACAUUGCAUCAGGAUGUAACGUCCUCGUCACAUGUGACGACAAACAAGCAACACACUCCAACCUUGACUUGGGCCAUGCGAGAUAUGGAGAGAAUACGGUUUGAGGCCAAUCAUGCACAAGGUCCAGAUUUUCAUUUUCCAUCAUUUGACGAGCAAAUAAGGCAAGUGAGGAACAAUAUUCAAGAGAGAACUGGUGCUAGCAGUAGUAUCGGAAGCGGCAAUGAAAAUUCAAAGGAUUAUGAAACAACUCCCAAACUUGGAGAUUAUUUCAUUACCAAACAUUCUAAUUUGAGUUAUGCAAAUUUGAUAUUCCACCUCGUUUCACAGACCGAUUACUCUUCUUCGCGUAGUAGUAUUAAUGGAAGUAUCAAUAAUAGCAUUGAAAAUACUAAUGAACAAGAAUACGAACAAAUCAUGAAUGGAUAUUCGAAAAUUAUGGAUGAUUGCAAAGAAAUGGGAGUACGAAAUUUGGGUAUUCAAGUUCCUCUCUCGGUGACGUUCAAACAUCCAAAGCUGGGAGGAAACCUUCCCACUGGAGACACCAUCAUCAUGCAAAUACGUGACUUGUUGAGAAUGUAUCUCACUAAACAGAAGGAGCACGGUGCUUGGUAUUUACCAAAUCUAUUUCUGUACUGCCCAAAGAAUCCAAAGCAUUCGAGCGGAGACUUUCAAUGUCAAUGUCACUACAUGCUCAUGCAAGAAACCGAUAAUAUUUUACAUCAUAGCUCAGUAUCUUUAGACAAUAAUGGUUCAGACUCAUCCAACGAAAAUGAUAAUUUACACAAGUACAUUGUUGAGCCAUUCUACAAGUCAUUCCUGAAUUCAAAUGUUCAACUUCCUCCUGCUUGGAUUAAAAUGUAG